UCGCAAUGUUAGAGCUUCCUUUAUGACCUCAGAGUGGUCUUGCGAGAUGAGACGAUAAAAAUACUUGGAAUGUGAGCCUUGCACACGGUCACGUUAUUAUACCCCUGCUCCGUCGGCGCCUAGGGUAUUCACGAGCGACACUGGAACUCAAGCAUCCGACCUUAUCACCACCUACCGAUCAUUGAGGAUACAGCCCCAACUCCUUUUGAUAACGAACCAUGUCGCAUCCUCAGCAACAAAGCAAUAAGCACUGCUCUAAGCCUGCUUUCCGCUCGCAGUCUCGGCCAUCUUCCUCUGCCCAUGGCCGGCUCUCUUUCAUGGACCUUCCGCUUGAAAUCCGGAAGAUGGUGUAUUCGAUGGCCUUGAUCUCUCCAACGCCCUUAAUUGCAUGGUCCGGUAUGCCUUUACCAGAGCUCGUAAAGUCUCCCUUUGCCUUGAACAUGAUUUCAGUGUAUGAAACCCCACAUUCAUUCUACAUCGAUGAUUACCUCAAAAAUGCCCUUCCCGUGGAGCGCCUUAUGGUCAGCUUGUCCCUCGUCAGCCGGAAUAUAUCAUCAGAGAUAGCUAGAGUGUUUUGGUCUUACAACACAUUUCGCUUCAUCGGCGAGUGGAUUUGGGAUACCGUGCUGGAGUGGCUCAUUCGCAUUGGCUCUGUUAACAGAAGCUACAUAACACGUCUCGAAUUCCAGAUGUUCCAACUGCAGCAUGUGUGGCAACUCUCAGAGCCGAUCGGAGCGAGAACACAGCUUGCAUUACCCGAGGCCUCAACCGCCCAAUCAUGGCAAGAAGAGGAAAACAGGAGAGAGAUCGUCUAUCCGUUAAGCAGACAUCUGAUUCGACCGGAAUCCAAAACAAGCACCGGUUUCUCGACUGGUGAUCAGUUUCUAGAUCCUCCUCAAGGAUUGAGUGGUGCAGUGGAGAAUAUCAGUCCGAAAAUGGAGGUUGUCAUGAAGAUGUUAGCACGAGCUGGAAAAUGGACCAAGGUCCGGCUGACCAUGCUCCUUCCAUCGCACUUGGUUCCUGGCGUACAGAUGUGGGGAAGAGGAUCCUCACCAAGCCAGCAACGGAAAUACUGGAUGAGUAUGGAUUUGCCAAACGUGAUUGAGAGCUGCAUAGCUACUCAUGCUGUGGAUGGAAGCAAGCAAAUCGAAGUGUUAUGGAAAUGCAAGGAGAGAGGGAUGUCGUUGCAAGACAACAAACACCUUCUUCAAGAACAGGGAUGGGAAAUCAUUUAUACGAGGCACGAAGACUAUUGUAGUUUUCAUCGUGAUUGGGACACGUUUUUUACGAUGAAAAGGAAGGAAGUUCACGGCCCUUUCAUCGCGAGUGAUCCUUCCCCUCAUUCAGAAGCAUAUCUGCAAGAAUGAUGGUAAUGCGAUGACUCAAUUCUGUACAGUCGAGCAAUGGAUGUAUCAAACACGUUUCUGGGGUGCACAGCAAUCUUGUAUGUGUGACCGUCAAGCCCUACACACGAAUCCUGGAUUGCAAGCCUUCAGCAAACUGGAAGCAGCUUGGUCAAGCACUUCGAUGCGCUUGUAUUGGAACUCAAGGGAGAGAACUGCCUGUAAAACAAAUUAAAUUCAAUCCUUAAGGAUAUCAAAACAAUUACCAAAUUCCAGCUUCGCGACAAGACCAUAUACACACACUAUUAAAACUUCUUAUUCCAAUA